GCGGCUGCUGCGGGGGCCGCGCUGAGGAGGCGGCGGCGGCGGCGCAGGGCCCGUCCCGGCCGCCCCACCGGUACCCGCAGCCAUCGUGCAACUAUGUGGAAAUGGGCUAGUGGAGAUGAUUCCCCUUCCAAAACAGUAGCUGCUGGGUCCCAAGAUGCAAGAAGAAUGUCGCUGACGGAUUUGACUGAGCAGCUGAGAAGCACAGAACAGCUGGUAACACAGCUGAAGGAGCUUGUCAGAGAGAAGGAUGCUGAGCUUCAAAAUAAAGAGCUUCAGUUAAAGGAGGAGAAGGAUUCUGCUGAUGCCAAGCUUUCCAAGUUGAAGCUGCAAAACAAAGCCAAGGUUGCAUCAUUAACCUCACAGCUGGAAGAACUUAAGAAGCAGUUAUCAGUGUCAGGAGGCUUAGAGGUGAAAGCAGAACAAAAAAAGGCAUCAAAAGAUGGUGACCAGGAAAACGCUGCAGCAAAUCGUGGGAAAAUAUUAGUGCUGAGAAGGAGAAUUGAAGAACUGGAAUCCCAGAUCACACAAAAAAAUGAAGAGUUACAAAAAAAGAGCGAUGAACUGGAGGCCCAGCGCUGUCGUGGCUCUGAAAUGGAUGUCAUGCUGGCAGAUAAAGAAAAGAAGUUAGCUGAAAGAGAUGCUUAUAUCAUUGAUUUACAGAUGGCUUGUGGAUCAAUUGGUGUUGCCAAUGAAAUACUCUUGCCCAAUGAAGAACUGAAGAACCAACUGGCUGUUAAAGAGUCAUCUCUACAAAGCAUGGAGAUUCUAGUUCAGAACCUUACCAAAAAGGUUGGAGACAGCGAAGAGAAGUGUAGUUUGUUCCAAGAACAGAUUGAGAGCCUUAAGAAUAUUCAGAACAAAGAAAGGGAGCUUUUCCAAGGAAAAGAAGCUUCAUUUAUGCAAAGUGUACAUGCACUUCAAAAAAUUAUCCAGGAGAAGGAAAAACAACUGGGAGCACAGAGAGAAAAGCAUGAGCAGGAGCUCUUUAAAUUAGCUGCCAAAUCUGAUGCAAGUGCUGACCUGGAACAGUUGCUGAAAGCCUUGAAACAGAAGCUCCAUGAAAAGGAGGAAGUCAUGCUGGGAAGGACACAGGUGAUAGAUGUCUUGCAAAAAGAACUGGAUGCCAAGGACCAGCAAUUGCAAGAGGUUAAUGAAAACCUGAAAUGGCUUCAAUCUGAGAAAGAAAACCUCCAGUCUAAACUGGAUGCUGAGAAACAUGUAAUGAGAGCCCAGUUAAGAGACAUGAUGGAGAAACACGAGCUUGAAAUGACAAAAGUUAAGGAGAAACAUAAUGCUGAACUGCAUGAAAUUCAAGAGAAACAUGAAACUGAACUGCAAGAGAAAGACCAGGCCCUGUUUCAGCUGAAGAAGCAAGUAGCAGAAUUAAGUGGUAGUGGACAGACUAACUCAAAAGAAGUUAGGGAUCUGGAAUCUCUAGCCAAAGAGAAGAUGAAAGAUUUAGAAGAACAAGUGAAAUUGAAAACAGAAGAGGCCAGCAAAUCUGAAGCAAAGUUUUUGAAAAUGAAGGCUUGGUCCAAAUCAAGAAUCAAACAACUGGAGGAUGAGCUAAAAAAUUUUUCAUCACAGGAUAAUGACGUAUCUGCCUUAAACAGUCGUGUCUCAGAGUUAGAAACUGAAAAUGAAGAGCUACAAUCCAAACUGCAAUCGUUACAUGAAAUCAGGACUCAGAACGAGGAAUUGCUGACCAAGCUGGAGGUGUAUGAAGAGCAGCAAAGGAAGUUGCAAGCUGAUCUUGACCAAGUUACAAAAAGAGCAGCUUCACAGGCCAGUGAAUCAGGGAGUGUGGAUGAAUUGCAGAGUCAGCUCUUGGAAUGGCAAGAAAACGUACCGGAGUCGGAGGAGUCUCGUGAUCAAGUGAGGGAAGAGAAAUCUGCCAUGGCCUUGAGAAUGGCUCAGAUUGAGGAGGAGAGAGAAGCUAUAGUCUCAGGGCAACAGGAGGUGGAGGAGGAACUGACCACAGCUCAAGGAAUGGGCAGGCUGCAGCAGGCAAGAAGAAAAAGCAAUCAGACCAGCAGGAAGAAUCAGGAGGAAUACAGCUUUGAUGGAAAACAAUGCUUCGAAGAGUUGAACGUCACCUUGGAUAGCGCCGAUUCGGCUGAAGGAGAAAACAUGGGAGGUUGGUGGCCAGAGUACACUUCACCUAGUGCAGGUUUACGGAGUGUGGUCGAAGAGUUGGAAUUGGAAAGAAAUCAACUGCAGGAACAAAUUCUUUUUCUAGAAGAACGUUGUCAGGAUUUGGAAGAUAGAUGUCAGCUUCAAAGUAGAAUGGAAGCUCUUCAGAAUGAAAAUGAACGUUUGCAAACUCAACUCACUCAACUACGCAACCAACAAACGCGAGAUGUGGAAAAGCAUCAACUUCUGAUCUCUGGCUUGAACGAGCAACUUAAAGGGUUAAGUGACAGGAAUAGUUUCCUUGAAAAUUCACUUGGAGAAAAAGAACAAAAGCUGUUGAGCACGACAGAAAAACUGGAACAAAUUGAAACUUUGAGGAAAGUGCUUCAAGAAAAGGAGCUUCUGAACAAAGAGCUUGGGGAAAAGUUUGUGCAUGCUGAACAGAAACUGGAUGAAGCCUUAAAGAAGUGCAGUGUGUAUGAAGUGGAGAACACCGAGCAGAAAGCAGUUAUCAGUGAUCUGGCAGAAAAAGUUGCUACACUGAAGGAAAAGACUUUGAAACAAGAUGGUGUGGUGGAGUCGAUGCAGCUGGAUCUGGACCAGACAAAUGAAGAGCUUGACAAAUUGAAUACAAGCCAUUUAGAGGAAAGAUCUCAACUUAUUCAAGAUCUGCAGAAGCGUGAAAGAGAAAUUGAUAAUCUUAAAGAGGCACUGGCAGAAAAAGACAGGGAGAUGUCCGUCAUGUCUUUGAAUAUGACGGAAUAUUCUGAACAGGUUGUCAUCCUGAAGCAUCAAGUGCAAUGCAAAGAGGAAGAAAUCCGGGGGAUGGAAGAUGCUUUAUCAAAGGCUGAGAGGGAAACUCAUUUACUAAAGGAAGUACAAACAGCUGAUGUAAGAGAUGCAAGUGCGAAGAUCUCCAUCCUUUCUGAGCAGAGCAAUGCAAUGAGACUAGAACUAGAAAGAGUUAGAAGUGAGAAUGAAGCGAAAACCAAAGAAAAUAAGGAAUUAAUAAGACAAAGCAGUGAGAACAGCAUCACAAUUAAGGAUCUCCGCUCGGAAAUCAAGGCCAACAGUGUGGCAUACCACAACAAACUUGCAGAGUGUGAGUCACAAAUUACUUUGCUGAAAGAACAAAUUAAUAAAUCGUCUGAAAAGCUACAGGAAACCGAGGAUAAACAGAGAAAAGAAACGGAAUAUUUGAAAUCUCAGCUUGAGGAAAACAAUACUCUAAAGGAAAAGUGGGACCAUUUGCUUAAAGAGAAAGAGACUAAAGCAGAGACACUUGAAAAUGAGUUAAAAUCCAUUAAAGAUUCAUACAACAAGCUGGUUUUGGAAGACGCUAAGAAAGACAAAGAGCUGUCUGAGUUAUCCAGGAAGCUUUUAGAACAUGCUGAACAUCAGGAAACAAUCAACAAAGAGUUACAAGAGAAACAAGAGCUCAUUAUUUCAUUAGAGGAGAAGCUUGGCGUUUUGGAGCAGCAAAAUGAAGAGACUAAACUGAAAUUAACUGAAGAUCUGAAAGCCAAAGAGACGCGUUGCAAGGAACUUAAUAGCCAAUUAAAUGAAAUGCAGAAACAGGUUAACAAAAUGGAAACAGAGACACAGGAGAAAGCUUCAGCUAAUAAGCAGUUGCAGGCGGAUCUUGAAGGGAAAGAAGAAAAACUGGCAGAGCAAGUAAAAGCAAACGAAGAUCUUAGAAAAAGUUUAGAUAUGGUGGAAAAAGAGAAGGAGCAGCUAAUGAGUGAGAAGGAGGAUUUGUCCAAACUCCUGGAUGUAAAAGAGUGUGAACUGUUAAAGAAAAUCCAGGCUGUGGCAGAAAUAGAGAAUAAGUUAUCUGUUAGCACCGCUGAGUAUGAAAAAACUGUUUCAAUACUGAAUUGUGAUAAAAACAGUCUGGCAAAAGACAUUGAACAACUUUCAAUACUUGCCCAACAGAAGGAAAGUUCAGUUGCAGAACAGCUGCAGCAGAAAACAAAGGAAUGCAAUGUGCUGGCUGCUCAGUUGUCUGAAAGCAAGGAACAGAAACAACAGUUGGAUGAACAAGUGCAAUCACUUCUCAUUCAGCUGAAGGACAGUAGAGACAAAGAAAUAAAGAGCGAAGAAAUGUUAAAUAAUAAGUUGUCUGAAUGCAGUAGCUUAAUCCAAGAGCUCAGCUGUAGUAAGGAAAAGAAUUUACUACUGCAGGAGCAAAUUCAAAGUGUGACUUUGGGUUUUGAAACCUUGAACAGGUCUCUAGAGGAGAAGGUCAGUCAAAAUGAUUCGUUAAGUAAGGACAUGGAAGCGAGUGAGCUUCGUAUUGUAGAGCUGCAGGGGGAAAUAAAAAGUCUUAAAGAUGAAAAAACAAGGUUAUCUCAAUUGGUGGAAGAAAGAGACCUGACUGUAAAAAAUCAGGGUUCAGAACUUGAGAAAUUUCGCAGUCAAGUUUCAGUAAAAAUGGAAGAGGGUACCCUGUUAAAUAAUCAGCUCCAGCUGUUAAGCAAAGAGGUGGAUGCGCUUAGGCAUGAAAAGGAGGGCUUUUCAGGCUUGUUGAGUGAGAAGUCGCAUGAAUGUGAGGUUCUUCAGUCACAGCUGUUACAGCUACAGUCUGAAAUGACUUCAGCAAGGCAACAAGCACAGGCAGCAGCUCUGGAAAAUGAGAAGUUGAAAGCAGACGUUGAAACGGUUAACGUGACGGUAAUGAAGAAGUCAGAUGAAGUAGCUGCUUUAACUUCACACUUGUCCCAACAAAGUCAUAAUAUUUUAGCUCUGAAGGACCAAAUUGAUGGGCUGUUGAUUGAAAAAGAAAGCUUGAAAAGAGUCUUUGAAGAGAAAGAAGCUCUGCUUUCUGAAAAGGAGACUCUGGUUCAGCAAAUGAGAGACAGUAAAAUUGCAGGAGAAGGGCAAUACAUGCAGAUCAUUUCAGAUCUGCAAAACCAAAUACAAGCCCUGGGUUUUGAAACCAGCCAGCUCAGACAUGCAAUGCAGGAAAAAGAAAAUGAGUGUAAGAGACAAGCCCAAGAGUUAAAGUUGCUGAAAAAUAAAUCUGAGGAGUCUGAUGUACUCAGGGUUCAACUGUCUGAGAAUAUGGAGGUUAUUUCUGACCUUCAGUGUCAGCUUAGGAAUUUGACAGACAAAUCCUCCCAGUUGAAUGACUCGGUUACACAGAAGGAUGAAUCUUUAAAACAAAAGGUAGACGAAUGUAUCAGUUUAAAAGCACAGCUUUCUGAGGUCCAGGAGUCUUGUGUUUUGCAAAAGAAAGAGGUAGAGCUUUUAGCCUUUGAAGCACAGCAAUUAAAAGAACUUGUUUCAGAAAAAGAACGGAGUAUCAAUGACAUUUCAUUAUCCAGUGAGAAUUUAAAGACUCAACUUCAAGAGAAAGAGAAUCAAUGUGAGGUCUUAAAGGAACAAGUGGUGGAGCUGGAGGAAGUUAAAUUGAAUUUGCAAAAAGAAAUACAACAUCAGAAGAAUGUAAUAACUGAGAUGGACCAGUCUUUGUCAGAAAAGGAAUCAUCUCUUAAAGAAAAUCAAAGUCUUCUCGAAACUCUGAAGGAGAAAGCAAGGGAAGACGAAGAGAAGACAAACUUAAUGUCUCAGCUCCAAAGUCAGGUCCAUCAACUUACAGAAGAGCUGCAGAAAUCUAAAGAGCUAAUCCAUGAGAAAGAAAAUGCCUUUUUAUCUCUUCAGGAGAAAUUUGAAGCACAGUAUGAGCUAAAAACCGAGUUGAAUGCAGCUCUUGGGAAAAAAGAGGAAGUUAUUGCUGGUCUGCUUAGUUCUUUAAAGGAGAAAGAUACCAGUAUAGAGUUGGCAGAUAGCAACGUCGAUGGUCUUACUAGUGAGAUUGAGGCUCUCAGAGAAAAAUUAGAGAAAAGUGAUACAGCCGUGAAAAACCUUACGAAGGAAUUUCAGCACAGGAACGAGGAGCUUGAUGCUCAUCAGAAGACAAUUGAUUCUUUGACUGUUGAACUGAGCUCUGUGAGAAACGAGCACCAAAAGGCUCUAGACCAAAUAAGCACACGGGAAGAAGAACUGCGGCAAAAAGAACUGGCCGUGGAGGCUCUGCGCAUGAAGUGCGCUGAACAGGCAGAUGACAUAGAGUGUCUGAAGUUAGAGCUGAGCAACGUGAGUUCCAAAUCAUCUCAAGAGUGCCGUGACAAUGCACUUUUAAUAGAUAGUCUGAGGUGUCAGGUAGAGUCUUUAGAGAAAGAGAAAGAUCUGUUACAGGAGGAUGCCGGUAAACUCGUGGCUGAAAACACGCAGCUCGCCGCCUCUCAAACUCAUUUGCAAAAGAAGUUGGAGGAGCUCCAAGAAACCAAUGAGAAACUAGAAACCAGUGAGAAUUAUUCAAGGAUGCAGAUAGAUGCUGUCAAACUGCAGAUGAAGACUGAAAAAGAGAAGUUGCAGAUGCAGGUUAGUGUGAAGGGUGAGGAACUUUCUAAAUUGGAACUUAAAUGUGAAACUCUUGAGCAAAGUCUACUUGAGUCAGAAAACAAAUGGGUGACAGAACUUGAUAGGGCAACUUUAGAAAGUAAUCAUCUUACUGAGCAAUUGAACAGUUUAGAAAGUGAGAUAAAAUCAAAGGAUGGCAAAAUCCAGUCUUUGCAGCAAGAGCUGGAUCUUAUAAAAGAGAAAUUAACUCACAGCUUCUCUCCGUUACUUAAUAGUAGGCUGUUAUGUAAAGAAAAGGAGGCACAGGCUUCAGAUUCUGAACUGCAGCUGAGUGAUAGUAAAAUUCAGUUGGAAAAACUCUCCACUCUGGUAACCACUGUUUUGAGCAAAGAAGCAGAAGGAGAGCGAUUGCAACUGAUGCUGUUAGAAAAACAGAAAGAAAUAGACGUCAUGAAAGAUGAGUUAAAAAGCAUGCAGUCACUUGAGAAGCAGAAGGAGUUGCUGUGUAAUGAUAUUGAAAAGAUGAAGGGCAAACACAGAUCUGAAAUUGAAGGUCUGUCAGAAGAAAUGGUGACAGUCAAGGAAACAUUAAGUAGACAACAGUGUCUGUUGCAAGAAAGGGAAGAGUCUUUUGCAGAAGUAAGUAAGCAGGUUGAGUUUCUUCAAGACAAGCUAAAUAAAUCAGAAGAAAUAGUAAGAACCAGUCAAGAAAAACUGCAUGUGGAAGGUGAAAAGGUAGCAAGUCUCCAUGAGGAGAUGGAAAAAAAAGAUCAACUCAUCAACAACUUAACUUCCCAGGUAAAUCAGCAGAAGGAUUUAAUUUCUUCUCUAAGCCAGCAACUGAAAGAAAAGGACUCUUCUGUUACCCAGGUCAUGGAAUCAUUGACUAAUGAAAUGCUGAGUUUUUCUGAAGAGAGAAAUACAUUAAACACCAAACUGCAAGAUCUCGAAACUGUUCAUAAUAGUUCUUUAGGAGAACUAAACCGAGUAUUGCAGGAGCUUGAGGAUUGUAAGAAGGAGCUGGAACGCAGUCAGAUUAUGUUAAGCAGUAGAGAAGCUGUAUGUAAAGAUUUAAUGAAUGAAAAAGAGGAGAUGCAGCUUAAUCUUGAGAAAAUGGGCAAGGAAAAAGAGAAUCUGAAAAAGAAACUUCAAGCAGCGUUGAUAAUAAGAAGAGACCUAAUGCAAAAAGUUGGAAAGCUGGAAAAGAGUGGGCAGGAAGAAAUAGAAAAAGAGCAAAAAAGAGCAGAGGAGUUGUUGAAGAAAGUUAAUGAUUUAACAGACAAGCUGAAACUGGUUGAAGCACAAAAUAAGGCUUUAGAGUCUCAUCUUGGAACUUUGAAGCAACAACUUGUAGAAAGAGAUGCCAAAAUAAGUGAUUUGACUGAAAUUUUGUCUGCAAAAGCUUCUUACUUAGAGGAACUUCAGGGCAAUCUUGCAAAACUAAAUGAUGUCAUUGCUGAAAAACAAGAUAUAUGUGAGCAGAACCUAAAGUCUUUAGAGGAAAAAGACUGUGCUCUUGCCCACAUGCAGUCCAUGCUCGAUGAAAAAGUAAGUGCAUAUGAAGAGGAACGUUCUCAGCUGCUCUUAGCUCUUGAAAAGGCGAAGUCUGAAUUUAAGAAGGAGGAAUUGUUGGAAAAUUCUGGUUCAGAAGAGCCUGAUUUAGGUGCUAGGGAUGGGAAGAAGCGGCUGGACCUCAGCAAUUCCACUCAUGUCAUGUCUCAAUUAGAAAAAGGAGCCUUAGAGAGAGAGCUUUUGGUCAGGGAAGAAGACAUUAAAAACAUUCAGAAGGAAAGGGAAGAGCAUGCUAAACUUGCAGCAGAUUUUGAUGAACAAAAAGCUCACUUUGAGAGUCUCAAGAAAGAACACAAAGCACUCUGGGAAGUUCUUCAAACAAAAUGUAAAGAACUUGACUUGAGUCAGUUAGAGAAGUACCCUCUAGGAAAGGAACUGGCUUCUCCAGUGCUGGGAGAGGAAGCAGCUGACCGAAUGGGUUUGGAAUCAGACAGAUCAAGAAGCACGUUUUGGGUUGCAUCGUUUAAAGAGUCAGAGAACACAGUCACUUCAGUGGCAAGUGAAGGCACUGAGUUAAAAGAACUGAGAAGUAAUUAUGCAAGACUUCAGGAGGAAAGGGAAAUGUUAAAGAAAGAGCUGAGAAAAAUAUCCGUUGAAUUCAAUGAUGAAAAACUGGUCAACUUAAACUGUUUGAGGCAGCAAGAGCAGUGCCAAGAGGAAUGUGAGGGCGACCUGUUGGAGGAUAUAAAGCAGAUACAGAAGCAGCUGAAAGCAUAUGAGGCUGAAACUAUGGACCUUAAGACAGUGCUUGAACGGGUGAAUAAUGAGAAAGAAGCACUUAUUAAAAAAAGUGAAGAGGAUUACAAGAUGAGCCAGCAGAAAGUGCAGCGAUUGAGAGCUGAAGCUAAGAAGGAGGUUGAAGAAAGGGAUGAGGAAAUAGAAGCGUUGCGUUGUUCUCUUACGGAUUUCAAAGGUAAACUUGAUCUAGGAAAAGAGUUAUUCAAUGAAGCUAUAAAGAAAGGCCAAGAGGAAGCCCAGCAUUACAAAACAGCAUUUGAAGAAAUGAAGAGUGAAAAACAGAACCUUCUCAGUUGUUUAGAAAAGUCCAAUUUGGAGCUGAUUGAUAUAAAGAAGGAGGUAAAACACGUCAGUGAAGAAAACAGAAGACUGCUGACAGAGCUGUGUAUGCUCCGUGAGAAGGAUGAGAUAAGUAGACCUGUGGGGUCGUGCAGAGAGCUGAAGGAAGAAAGAGAUACUGAAAAAGGCUUGGGAGAGUUUUGUUUAGAAAGUAAUUCCCUUCAAGGGAAGCUGGAAGGUAAAGGCGCCCGUUUGCAACUCUCAGACGCUGGUUACUCCGGGAGAACGAAACCGAGAGCAGCAACAGAGUGUCAACUCCAGAAACAAACACAAGUGCUUGAAGAGCCACUGGCCAAAACUGCAAAUGUGAGUGAUUCUAAAGCACAAGAGCAAAGAACUACUGCAGAGGAGAAAUGCAGGGAACGUCUCCAAAGAAAAUUACAGGCGGCUUUAAUAUCACGUAAAGAAGCCCUGAGAGAAAAUAAAUGUCUGAAAGACCAGAUUGAGAAGCUGGUGUUGGAAAGAGAAGAACUGAUGAACAAGACAGGGAUGCUUGGGCACUUGUUAGAGCUCGGUAGAGAAAACCCAAGUUCAAGUACUGCUGCUUUGUUGUCUGAAGAGGAGAGCCUUGUUUCUGAAAAUGCUAGACUGUUGGCUGAAAACGAGAACCUCACCGCAGCAUGUGAAAGUCUGAAAUCCACCAUGGAGACCAUAGUUCAGGAAAAAGAGGCCUUUUCAUUCCAAUUAAAUACCCUAAAAGAUUCUCAGACAGUUGAAUUAACAGGCUGGAAGGCUAAACACAGUGAGUUAAAGCAGGAGUAUGAAUCGCUUCUUCAGGCUUAUGAGAAUAUCAGUAGUAAAGUAGCAGAUAUGAGGCAAGUUAUUGAUCUCAGUAGAAAAGAGAAGCAAGAGGCUAUUCAAAGACUCAGGGAAGGAGAAUCUGAGAAGGAGGCUCUUGAGAAGCAUUUACAAAAGCUCAUUGAUGAAAACGAGGUUAUUAAGAAUCAACUGAAACAACUCAGUGAAUCCAAGAAGAUGGAAGUUGCCGAACUACAAAGUAAGGCAGAAAGGCAGAUACGUGAGCAAGAGACAAGGAUGCAAGAACACCAGGAUCGUCUUCGUGAGCUCACUGAACAGAAUCAUCAGCUCAUGGAGGAAAACGAGCAGCUGAAACAAACCUCUGAAAGUCUAAAGCAGGCUUUAGAGAAAAUUCAGGGUGAAAACGAUGCCCUCCAUAAUAACAUCAGUGUCACUAAAGCGGCUUUGGGCGAGCUCCAAGUUCAAAUGGAAGUGUACCAAAACGAUAUGCAGUCGAAAAUCAAUGAUGCGCUCCACGAGAACGAAUCGUUGUUAAAGGACGUGAAUGUGUUAAAGGAGAAACUCUCUGAAAAAGAACAAGAUGUGCUUGACCUAGAGGAAAAAGCAAAAGAAACUGAGAAGUCUUUGGACCAUAAAAAUAGUUGUCUGACAAAGCUGGACAUGGAGUGUAAAAGUCUCACGCGAGACAUCGUCAGCCUAAAUGAAAAGGUUAAGAUCUUAGAGGAUGAUAAGUGCCUGUUACAGGAAGAGUUAGAAAAUGUACAAGAGAGUUCAUACAAAGCAAAGAACGAGAGGGAAUUUCUUGAGACAGAGUUGCUUAAUCACGUUAAAAAAGUUGAUCAUCUUACUGAUAGAGUGAAAUCAGCACAGGUGCAAAAUAACUUGCUGUUGCAGCAACUGGAAGAAUUAAAGGCGGAGAAAUGCAACGUGGUUAGGGAAAAAGAAGAACAGCAGUUGCACCUCGUGAAAAUAUUUGAGGAGAAGGUGAAAAGUGCUCAAAGGGAUAACAAUGGAAGUAAAAACAAGACAAAAGAAUUGCAAGAACUCUUAAAGGAGAAACAGCAGGAGAUCAACCAUUUGCAAAAGGAUUCUAUCAAGUUCCAGGAGCUGAUCCUGGAUUUGGAAAGAUCCGUGAAACUGUCACAGUCAAAAAGUGAAAAAUAUGAAAAAGACUUGAGUAACAUGUCAGAAAAGCUUGUAAAAUCAAAUGAAGAAAUACAUCAUCUCAAGGGAAAGCUUUCUUCACAGAUGACCUUGUUGGAUCAGUCAAAGAAGGAAGUGGACAGGCUUACAGGAGAGAAUCUGAAUUGGAGAAAAGAACUUGAGAAGAAGGAAGGUGAGCUACAAAUCCAAAAGAGACAGUAUGAGAGAGAAUUGGAAUUUAAUCUUCAGCAAUUAAAACUGGUUCACAAAAGAGAAGUUUUGAACCUAGAGGAAAGACACGGUGCCCUUGAGAGAGAAAAAGGUAGGUCGAUUACUGAGGUGCGUGGUUUGCAAGAGGAAGUUAACACCAAGGACUCUCAAAACAAGCAGCUUCAAGCAGAUCUGAACGCAGCUUUGGCACGAUUAGCUGCCUUUACAAAGUGUAUGUCCUCUCUUCAGGAUGACCGGGACAGGGUAGUCACUGAAAUGAAAACCUGGGAAACACAGUUCAAAGAGGCCAUCCAAAAUAAAGAGAAACAGGUGGAGGAUGCUCAUAAAAGGAUAAUGUCUUUGCAAGAGGAAUUGAAAGACAAAAUCGCUCAGAUUCAAGAACUGAAUAUCAGAUGUUCUGUGGUAGAGGAAACAAAGGACGAACUGUAUUUGAGGCAAAAAUCUGUUGACACACAACGCUACGAGGAGCUCUGCAGAAUAAAGGAGGAAAAUAGAGGGUUUUUUAACAGGCAGCGGGAACUGGAGAGUGCUCUUCAGUCCAAAGAAGCAGCUUUGCAAGCGAUACUUAAAGAGAAUAAUUCUCUUAAUCAUCUCAUAGAGAACAGUGAAAGUGCAGGAAGAGAGAUAAAAGCUCUGGAAAAUAGUUUCAGAAGACAGGAACAGGAAUUGCAACAGCUUGUAGCUGAGAAGGAAAAAACCAGUGCCGAGUUGCAAAAGCAGAUUACCAUUUCUGAGCAGAUGAAGGUCAUGCUAAAUAAUAAAGACAAAGAAAUUUCCUUACUCAUUUCUUCAAAAGGCGAUGAGAUUUCUGACUACCUGACUCAGGUACAGACUCAACAUGGAGAACAAAUCAAAGAGUAUGAACUUCAGUUAAGGUCUUUGCAGAUGGAGAAGCAACGAUCUGAGGAGUCCUGUCAGAGGAUGGAAAAUGAGCUGAGGAACCUGCAGGUGAAAGCAGACAAAGCAGGGGAAGAUAAAGCUGCGAUCGUUAGCGAAAUCGAUGCCUUUAAAAAAUCGAUGUCAUCUCUUCAGAGUGACAGGGAUGAUCUCUUUUCUAAGUGCAAAGAGCUGGAACAGCUGCACCGAGAUGUCUUAAAUCAGCGGGACAGUCUCAUAGUUGGCAACGCAAGUGAGAGCCGUGCCUUGAAACAAGAACUACGGGCGCUUCUCAACCAGAUAGAUGAUCUUCAUUCCGAAAAUGCAAUGCUAAGUGCACAGCUGAUAAAGUACAGGGAAGAUCUUAACCAAGUUUUAUCUCUCAAAGACCAUCAGCUGAAAGAUUUACUCAAGCAGAAAUUGGAUUGUAUUAAAAGCCUUGAACAAGAAAAACGUGAUCUUCAGAAGCAAAUGAAAGAAAUGCGAGUUUCCAGUGAGCUCCAGAAGGAUGCUGCUGUGUCUCUGGAACAUGAAAACAAGAAAUUAGUGUCUAAAAUAAAUGAUUUAGAAUCUUUAAUUGCAUCAUUGAACAAAGAGAAACUUGUUUCUGAAUCUGGAGAGAAGCUGCUAGUUAGCGAUAGCGUUCAGAAGAAAGAACGUGUCUCCAACGGGCAGCACGGAGAACAUCUCCAGGAGCAGAUUCAGGAACUCCAGAAAUCAGGAGGCAGACGCACUAAGGAUGCAGAUGAGGAGUACAGUCAGACUCUUUUAACACUUGAACAUGGAGAUGAAGCCGGUGCUUUUGCAAAGAAGAUGAUGUUAGAAGUUCAGUCCCAAAAUAGCGAGCUGAAGUCCCAAAAUGAGGCCUUUGGGAAAGCAAUGACUGCUCUGCAAAAUGACAGAGAUAGGAUAAUAGAGGACUUAAAGGUGCUUCAGAGCAAAUACACAUCUGAACUCCAGGCUGAAAAAAAGAAAGGAGAUGAACUUGAAGCCAAAUUGGAUGGCUUUAAAUUACAACUUAUCGGGAUGCUCCAAGAAGUUUCUCUUCCAAAUCGGGCUGGUUUUGGUGCUGCAGAUAAGGUUACGCUCGACCAGAUUGCUGGUGAGAUUGGAAAUCUCUGUAGGACGGUAGUCAGUGGAGAGAUGGAGGUUAGCAGGCUCUCAGCUGAGUGUGGGAAUUACGUUCACAAGAUUGAAGCGUUUUCCAAGGCUAUGGCCAGUCUGCAGGAUGACCGAGACAAAUUGCUGCAAGAACUCAGCAAUCAGAAGGCUAAAGAAGGAGCCAGCCUUGCAGCUGUUGAAAUAUCAAAACUGAAGACCCAGGUUGAUGAUUUGGAGAAGGCAUUGCAUCAGACCAAAGCCUUCCAAGCAGAAACUGAGCGAGAGAUUGCAUCAUACCAGAAUGAGCUUGCUGGAUUAAGAAUGGAAAAAAACCUCCUCCUCUCAGAGUCCCAGGCACUCCGAAAUCAAUGUCAAAUCACAGUUGCAGAGAAAGACCGGCAGAUUGCAGAGCUGCAGAAGCUGCAACAAGACAUGGUUGUUCAGAAAUCAGUCUCCAGUGGCAGCAAUUACCCACCAGUCAAGGUUUUAGAAACUGCCUCCCUUGCUGGAAGUGCAGAGAUGCCAGAGGAAAUCAAACAUGUCUUAGCUGAGAAGAAUCGGCUUCAAAGUGAACUGCAGCGCUGUCUUCAGGAGAUGCACCAGAAAGAUCUCCAUUUUCAGCAGGUUAAUUCAAAGGUUGUGCAGUCAGCAGAAGAGAAUGCUGUCCUGUCUGCCCAGCUGAAGGCUCUCUCUCAGACUCUAAGGGAUAACCAGCUUCAUUACACCGACUUGCAAAAUCGUUAUUUAAGGUUAGAGAGGGAAUAUCAGGCAAUGCAAGUGGCGUCUUUCCAAGGCACUGUUCAGGAUGAAACUAGAGCAGAGGUUCCCCCUGGAGCACCACAGGAAAGGUCUGCAGUUAUUGUUGAAGUAGACAAUAUGGAGCUAAAUGAACUCAGAAAAAGGCUUGCAGAGAGUGAGCAACAAUACGAUUCGGUGCAGCAGGUGCUCUCACAGCUGACAGAAGCACUGGCAGAAGAGAAGAGGAGGAGAGAAGCUGCAGAAGAAGCUCUCGGACUCUCCGAGGAGCAAAACAACAGAUUUGAAGUAAGCAGUUACAGGUCUGUACCUAGUGAAUACACUGUUCAGAUGGAAACUGAGGAGGAGAGGGAAGCCUUAAUCAUCAAUCCCAGUGAACAUGUUGUUGUACGAAAGAUGAAAGGAGGUGCCCUUUCCUUCCGGAGAUGGCUUCGAGGGCGAAGUCUUUACUGUUCUAAGCUGCUGACCUCCAGGGCAAAAUCCCGCUAUUUAUUCCUCACAUACCUGGUUACACUACACCUUUUUGUUGUACUGUGCCUCACGGGUGUUCUCUGAGUACACUACAUUCUCUGGGUGAAUGAUUUCCCUCUAGGUAAUGGUGUGCCAACUCCAGAUGAUAGACUUUUCCCACGCUGCUGUUUAAGCUAUGCACUGGACACAGUUGUAUAUAUUCCUGUUAGACCACGUGAAUCUUGAGCUUCUUCAAAGAAAUUUGUGUAUAUCACAGUUGCUCCAAAGUUGACUUGAAUUGCUCUUUAUCAGUGGAAUAUUAUAUUUGCUAAGGAGAAAAUAUCCCCCUCUGCCCUCUAAAGAAACUGCUGCACACGAGUUAUUUAAUAUUGGCUGUGAGUACAUACUGAUGGAUUACUCCUGAAUGGGUUGUAAAUGAUAUCUUUUCUAUAUAAACUUUAUUUUAAGAGUUAAAACUAUAAAUUUUAAAGGAAUAUUCAGCUAUCACUGUUUAUUGGCUUCUUGAUUAUACCAAGAAGUCUUCUAGAGUGCAAUAAAGGAAGAACUACUGAUUCUUGAUUUUGUUUUUCUGUUUGUUUGGGGUCUUUUUAAGUUGAAAAUAAAAGCAUUGAGAAGGUUGUCUUUUGGCCUCACAGUUUGUAAUGGCUGUGACAAGGUGCACAGGUGUGUGUGUGAUAACGAGCUGAUGAUUAAAGACUCAGAAUGGAGAUGACAUGGAGAAAUGUCUUCGUGUUCCUUGACUGUUGUUUAAAGGUGCAAUUUCUUUCCUCAUGGAUUUUAUGGUUUGGGGUUUUCUUUUGUAAUCCACUUGCAUUUCUUGUCUUGAUGGGUUUAGUUGUUGCCUGUCUUUGGGGCAAAGUGUUCCUCAGCUGCUCAACACGUGAAAUGCAAACUUAUAAAUACACAACCUUAUGUAUUUUGUAUGUUUGGGCUUCAUGGUACAAAUGAAU